AUGCCUUUUCUGCUCCAUCUGCGAAAAUGCCAGGCCAAGCUCGGGCCAACGUUCUCGCGCCAGGCCAUCCAGCCGGUCCGCUCGCCCUGGAAAAGGAAGGCAGUCACAGGGACGGGAGCCAUAUGGGAAUGGAAGGAGGGAAACCUGGGGAUUGGAGGCCUCGUUCGUGCCUCCCUAGCGCUGCCGCCUACGAUGGGCACCGAAAGGCAGAAGGCACACAUGUGCACGACCGCCACCCCCGAGCCGUAUGCCGAUGACCAGGCGCCAGUGCCAGCGAUAUCUCCACCCUUCCCGCGAGACGGCCCGGCGCCCGUGCCAGCCAUGCCUCCACCCUUCGCCCCGCCAGAUGAAUUGGAUUCGGUUGCUGACGGUGUGUCCGCUCGCGCGGAUAGCCCGAUCACCAUCACGUUCAUCGACGCCCAGGGCAACGUUACGCCUACGUCCGUCACGCCUUCAGCAGACGGCGAAGACACACUGCUCAGCCUCGCCCAGGACCAUAACGUGGCUGUUCUGGGCACAUGCUGCGGCGAGUGUUCGUGUUCGACGUGCCACAUGGCGGCUGUGCAGAAUGCAGUCUCGAUGGGGGCCAUCGCAACUCAGGAGGAAAUGGACAUGCUGGAAGCUGCGGGGAACAUGACGAAUACAAGUCGGCUGGGGUGUCAGGUGAGGCUCGACAACCGGCAGAUGGACGGCCUGGUAGUGCAGGUCAUGCAUCCAGCUCCUGGGCCCAGUCAGGGGGUAGGGACAACCUUGUUGGGGGAGGAGGUCCACGCUCCGGAUCAAGAUCCAGCGCGUUAA